AGAAGCUCUGAAGCUCUGUUUAGCACGAAGUGGUCGCCAAUAGCGUCAUUCGUCGGCGCGGCAUGUGAUUCUGUCAUCACAGGGUCCAUAUGGUUGUUCAUGCGACCAGCACGAACAGGCAACGUUCGGAGAAAGUCAAGAAAUUACAUCAGUGAUAUGAUGUGGAUUUUGAUUAACAUGGGUUUAUUUUCGUGCCUUGUGGCAAUCUCCAUCACUGUGCUGUAUAUGUUUCAAGAUGGUCUUGUCGGACAGUUCUAUACCGCUGCGCCUGGAGCGGUGACAGGGACAUCCUAUGUGAACUCGAUGAUGGCGGUGCUCAAUGCUAGGAAGUCCCUCCGCGAACGGGAGCAACUUGGCUACAACCUAACGGAGCUUCCUACAAUACCUACAAUACGGUGAUAUUUUUUGUCCUAGCAGACAUCGGACAUAAAGCAUUCAUAAACUUAUGAGCUCGGUAAUUCUCGGCCAGCAUAUGUGGUGUCAUCUCUCCCACUCCAUCGACAUUAUACAUUAUACAUUGUUAUAUACAGAACGCUCUGAGCCUAUACUUAGACAUGUUGGGGCUGC